UCUGUGGGUCAACAACUCCGAGCAGGAGCAGGAGAAUAUUCUUUCUUGCUAGGUCUAGUCUUUGAGAGCCAAAGAGCGCAAAGAGCUGUCUGAAGUGUGGAGAUAUGGGUUCAUAAUUCUUUUCUAGCCAUAAUUCUGUUGUAAACUUACAAAAAUGGGGCAAGGUAAAAGUCAAUUUACAGAAGAGGAACUUCAAGAUUAUCAGGAUCUGACGUAUUUCACUAAAAAAGAAGUGUUGUAUGCACAUCAGAAGUUUAAAGCCUUAGCUCCAGAAAGAGUUGGUCACAACAAAAAUGCCAAGCUGCCUAUGUCAAAAAUACUGCUUUACCCAGAAUUGAAGGUUAAUCCUUUUGGAGAUCGAAUAUGCCAUGCCUUCAGCUCAAGCCAUGAUGGAGACUGCACUUUUGAGGACUUUUUGGAUAUGAUGUCAGUUUUUAGUGAUGCUGCACCCAAAAGUGUUAAGGCUGAGCAUGCUUUUAGAAUUUUUGACUUUGAUGGGGAUGAUAUGCUUGGAGAAACGGACCUGCACCAAGUUGUUGAACGGCUUACUGGAUCUCAGAGAUUAAGUGAAUCUGAUAUGAAAAACUUAAUUCAGAACAUUCUUGAUGAAGCCGAUUUAGAUGAAGAUGGUGCCCUUUCUUUUGCUGAAUUUGAACAUAUUAUUGACAAGUCUUCUGAUUUCUGCAGCACCUUCCGAAUACGCCUGUAAUGCCUUCUUUAUCACUAACUGAACUAUAUACUACAUGAAUUGCCAAAGAUGAACUACUCACUGCAUUUCAACUGAAGACUGACUCAUCUCUUGCAACUAAGUGGAACUAGAAUGUGGAAUCUCAUUGUACAAUCUAGAAAACUCCAGAAUUUUUUAUUGUAAUAAUGAAUUUCAAUAUUUUGUACACCCCGACCCUUUAAUUGCUACCCAUAUGUCUAGGGUUCUACCAUGAGAUCUUGUUACAAUUUAUUGUUUUGAUUUCCUUUAACUUAUUAAUCUGCUUCUCAGUACUUCCCUGAGCCUCUGCCAUGAGAUCUUGUUACAAUUUGUUGUUCCUACUUUCUUUAACUUAUCUAUCUUAACUGCAUCUCAGUACCUCCUUAAGCUUUACUUAAAUUCUUUAUGGUUGUGAGAAUUAAAGAAAAAAAUGGUACGUAUGGUCA